CCGGAAAGCCGGGAGGAGACAGCGCGCCCGGCCCCACGGCGCGGCCCGCAGUCCUCCGAUCGCGCGGGCAGAGCCGGCGGCGUCCCGGGAGCGCAGAGCCGGACCCCCCCCCCCCCAACCCCGGGCUCCCUUUGUCUGCGCGCCGCGCGGCCUGGAGCCGCGGCUCUCGGGGCCGGGGACGCGCCCGCGGCGGCCGGUGACAGCGGCUCCCCGCCGGCGGCUCCCGGAGGACGGAGGGGCGGUGGCGCCCGGCCCUGCUCGCCCACCCCGGCACCUCCGCGAGCGCGGACCGAUGCCCCCGCAGCAGGGGGACCCCGCCUUCCCCGGCCGCUGCGAGGCGCCGCCGGUACCUCCGCGCCGGGAGCGCGGGGGGCGCGGGGGGCGCGGGCCGGCGGCGCCGGGGGGCCGGGGGCGCGCGGGGGGCGCGGAGGGCCGCGGCAUCAAGUGCGUGCUGGUCGGCGACGGCGCGGUGGGCAAGACCAGCCUGGUGGUGAGCUACACGACCAACGGGUACCCCACCGAGUACAUCCCCACCGCCUUCGACAACUUCUCGGCUGUGGUGUCCGUGGAUGGGCGGCCCGUGAGACUGCAGCUCUGUGACACGGCGGGACAGGACGAGUUCGACAGGCUGCGGCCCCUGUGCUACACCAACGCGGACAUCUUCCUGCUGUGCUUCAGCGUGGUCAGCCCCACUUCCUUCCAGAAUGUCACCGAGAAGUGGGUGCCCGAGAUCCGGCGCCACUGCCCCAAAGCCCCCAUCAUCCUCGUGGGCACGCAGUCGGACCUCCGGGAAGACGUCAAGGUCCUCAUCGAGCUGGACAAGUGCAAGGAGAAGCCGGUGCCCGCGGAGGCGGCCAAGCUGUGCGCCGAGGAGAUCAAGGCCGCCUCCUACAUCGAGUGCUCGGCCUUGACGCAGAAGAACCUCAAAGAGGUCUUCGACGCGGCCAUCGUGGCCGGCAUCCAGUACUCGGACACGCAGCAGCAGCCAAAGAAACCCAAGAGCAGGACUCCGGACAAAAUGAGGACCCUCUCCAAGUCCUGGUGGAAGAAGUACUGCUGCUUCGUAUGAUGCUGGCGGGACCCUGGGGAGGACUGGAGACGAAAUCGAGAUCAGAAGCUCGGUCAACGGCAAGGGCUCCUCGGACCGCGGGCCGCCGGCAUCAGGAGCCGUGCGCCCGCCCUCGGAGGCCUUUCCCCUCCGUGUACCCCUCCUGCCUUUCAUUUUCCUCUCGCUCGGCUGAGCUUAGGGACAAGACUCGCCUGCAGCGGACUUCGGGAGUAACUUAAGCAUUUUUUCAUGCCUUUGGAAAUGUAGAGCUCUAGCCCUUUGCGUUGAUUUCUAUCUAAUAUUAAAAAGACGCCUCAGA